AUGAAGGAAGAAGUGAAGGGGAUUCCCGUAAGAGUGGCGCUGCGCUGCCGCCCUCUGGUCCCUAAGGAGAGGAGUGAGGGCUGCCAGAUGUGCCUUUCCUUUGUGCCUGGGGAGCCGCAGGUGGUAGUUGGGACAGAUAAAUGUUUUACCUACGAUUUCGUGUUUGACCCCUCUACCGAGCAGGAAGAGGUCUUCAAUACAGCAGUCGCCCCACUCAUCAAAGGCAUUUUUAAAGGCUACAACGCAACCGUCUUGGCCUACGGGCAGACUGGCUCUGGGAAAACAUACUCAAUGGGAGGUACAUACACUGCAGAGCAAGAGAAUGAGCCAACCGUUGGGGUCAUUCCUCGGGUAAUCCAGCUGCUCUUCAAAGAAAUCGGGGACAGGCGUGACUUCGAAUUUACUCUGAAAGUGUCUUACUUGGAGAUUUACAAUGAAGAGAUUUUGGACCUUCUGUGUUCGCCUCGAGAGAAAGCCUCUCAAAUAAAUAUCAGGGAAGAUCCUAAGGAAGGCAUCAAGAUUGUGGGGUUGACAGAGAAGCCUGUUUCCAUUGCCUCCAACACUGUUUCCUGUUUGGAGCAGGGCAACAACUCCAGGACGGUGGCUUCCACGGCUAUGAACUCCCAGUCCUCCCGAUCUCAUGCUAUUUUUACCAUCUCCAUAGAACAAAGAAAGAAGAACGAUCAGAACUGCAGCUUUCGAUCCAAGCUACAUCUGGUAGACCUUGCUGGAUCAGAAAGACAGAAGAAAACCAAGGCAGAAGGGGAUCGGCUAAAAGAGGGUAUUAAUAUUAACCGAGGCCUGCUGUGCUUGGGGAAUGUCAUCAGUGCUCUCGGCGAUGACAAGAGGGGGAGGUUCGUGCCCUACAGGGAUUCCAAGUUGACUCGACUGCUUCAAGAUUCUCUAGGAGGCAAUAGCCAUACUCUGAUGAUAGCCUGUGUGAGUCCUGCCGACUCCAAUCUAGAGGAAACAUUGAACACCCUCCGCUAUGCUGACAGAGCAAGAAAAAUCAAGAACAAGCCUGUUAUUAAUCUUGAUCCCCAGACAGCUGAGCUUAAUCAUCUUAAGCAACAGGUACAACAGCUACAGGUCCUCUUGCUACAAGCCCAUGGAGGCACCCUGCCUGGGUCUAUCAGUGUGGAACCAUGUGAGAAUCUCCAGUCUCUCAUGGAAAAGAACCAGUCCCUGAUGGAGGAGAACAAAAAACUAAGCCAGGGCCUGAGUGACGCAGCAGGCCAGACAGCCCAGAUGUUGGAAAGAAUCAUAGUGACCGAGCAAGCAAAUGAAAAGAUGAGUGCCAAGCUCAAGGAGCUUAGGCAACAUGCAGCCUGCAAGCUAGACCUUCACAAGCUGGUGGAGACCUCACAAGACCAGGAAUUAAAAGGAAAUUUAGCCUUAAUUUGUAACCUGCAACAAGCAAUUGCCCAGCUAUCCGAUGACACUGUUGCUUGUAUAGAGGCAGCCACAGAUGGCGCCCUGGAACCAGAAACUCAAGUGGAAACAAGUGCAGAUACUAGCAGGUCAUCCGAUAUUUUCACCACUCAGCAUGCUCUACGCCAGGCCCAGAUAUCCAAGGAGCUCCUUGAGCUGAAUAAAGCCCUUGUCCUGAAAGAAGACCUUGCUAGGAAGAUGACUCAAAAUGAGAGCCAACUGCAGCCCAUUCAGCUCCAAUACCAAGAUAAUAUUAAACACCUAGAAUUGGAAAUCAUCAGUCUGCAAAAGGAAAAGGAAGAAUUAGUUCUUGAACUUCACUCAGCCAAGAAAGAUGUCAACCAAACCAAGCUGAGCGAACACCGUCGCAAAUGCCUCCAGGAGCUGGAAGGCCAGAUAGCUGAUUUGAAGAAGAAACUCAACGAACAGUCGAAACUGCUGAAGCUGAAGGAAUCCACAGAGCGGACUGUCUCCAAACUGAACCAGGAGAUACAGAUGAUGAAAAGCCAUCGCGUGCAGCUAAUGCGUCAGAUGAAGGAUGAUGCUGAGAAGUUUAGGCAGUGGAAGCACCAGAAAGAUAAAGAAGUCAUCCAGUUAAAAGAAAGAGACCGCAAGAGGCAGUAUGAGCUGCUCAAACUUGAAAGAAACUUCCAGAAGCAGUCUACUGUGCUCAGACGUAAAACAGAGGAGGCAGCAGCUGCCAACAAGCGUCUCAAGGAUGCUCUCCAAAAGCAAGGGGAGGUAGCCAGGAAAAGAAAAGAGACACAAAGCUGUGGAAUGGAAAGCACAGCAACUCGAGUGAAGAAUUGGCUUGGAAGUGAAAUUGAAGUAAUGGUCAGUACAGAGGAAGCCAAACGCCAUCUGAAUGACCUUCUUGAAGACAGGAAGAUCCUGGCUCAGGAUGUGGCUCAACUCAGAGCAAAAAAGGAAUGUGGGGAGAAUCUACCUCCUAAACUCCGGAGGUACACAUUCUCCCGUGUUUCAGCACAUGAUCGAGUUCCCGAGACAGAGGUUUCCAUUACCCAACAGAUUGAAGGCCUAGAGACUGAAAUGGAACUCAGGAGCGCUCAGAUUGCUGACUUACAGCAAAAACUUCUGGAUGCAGAAAGUGAAGACAGGCCUAAACAACGCUGGGAGAAUAUUACUACCAUUCUCGAAGCAAAACAUGCCCUAAAAUAUUUAAUUGGAGAGUUGGUUUCCUCAAAAAUCCAGAUCAGUAAGCUUGAAAGCAGCAUGAAGCAGAGCAUAGCUAGCUGUGCGGACAUGCAGAAGAUGCUGUCUGAAGAGAGAAAUCAUUUUGCUGAGGCUGAGACCGAGUUAAAGGCUGACCUGGUCAGAGCAGAGCAACACCACCAAGAGAAGGUUCUUUAUCUUCUCAUGCAGCUGCAGCAGAGCCAAACAGCAGAGAUCCAGCCAGAGGCAUCAAGAGAAGUUAGUGGGAGGGAACAGCAGCUGCUAACCACAUUGAAGUGUCAGGAUAAUGAGCUGAGGAAGAUGCAAGAAGUGUGUGAACAAAACCAGCAGCUUCUCCAGGAGAAGGAAGUCAUCAAGAAGAAACUGACCCUCCUCCAGGUAGCCAGCAGACACAAAUCUGUUCAUGUUCCAAACUCUUCCUUUGAAUAUAUCCCUCCUAAGCCAAAACCUUUCCAGGUUAAGGAAAAGUUCCUGGAGCAGAGCCUGGAUAUGGAGGAACUAACAGACUAUUCCGAGAAUUCCAUAGAUGUGCAUGAGAAUGGUGGCAGUGAUGGGGACAAUGAGGAAUGGAAGCCCACCAAAUUAGCAAAGAUUACCCAGAAGCCCAUCCACGGAUGUGCCUGCAAGUGCUGGUGUGGGAACAGGAAGUGUGGGUGCAGGAGGCAAAGGUCAGACUGCAGUGUGGCCUGCGGCUGUGACUUCACAAAGUGCCGGAAUCGCCAGCAAAGCCAGUGUAGCUUCAGUGGUGUUGGGCAGGGCAGUGAUCCUGAAGACUCCUUAAAACUGGAGGAUCCCACAGAGGUCACCCCAGGACUGAGCUUCUUCAAUCCUGUCUGUGCCACUCCCAAUAGCAAGAUCCUACAAGAAGUGCGCGAUGGGGACAAAGCACUGUUCAACAAGACUGCACUUGCUCUCUCCUUCGGCUUCUCAGAACUGCAACCCAGAACAAUAAAAUCCCAGCAAAGUAAGGCCCCAGGGAAGAAAAAGAAGAGAACUCUGGGCAGCAGUACCAGUUUUUUCUCUGGCUGCUCUUCUAUGGAAGAAGAGGCCUAUUGA